UUAGUCGAGUGUGAGAGUAUGCAUUCAGUUCGCCGGGCCUAGUCUGUCUGCGAGGAGAUAUUCACACGACAUUAAAAAUAUUCACGACUGCGUAAGUUGUCAUAGCGUUACAUUAUGUCUAUUUCCGGGUGAAAUCACGGCUCAGAAGUUCGUGUGUCUGCGAACUGUUGACAAAAUAGCGGUUGCGUGUGGAAAGGGGGGGAGCGCAAAGCAAACAGGGAGAAAAAAAAAAUCCCCGACCGAUCGCUUGUUUCACUCAGUCAGCCUGCGGAAAGAAGCAGGAAGAGGACUAGAGCUGUUCACCUGUCGAGUGGAAGACUGCACUGGACAUUUGAAGGAGAAGAAGACCUUGCUUGUGUCUUCUUACUGUGAUUGAAACCUGCCCGAUGGUGUUUUGGGGAGUUCAACCCAACUUCGUACGUUCAGUUUCCGCGAAUCCCACAGAACUGGCGUCGGACAUUCCAUUCCGGUGGGAUAAUCUAUUCUAAAGAUGCAGCAUCCUCUUCAUACCAUCAUGGAGCCGGCUGAGAAAUAAGAGACCGCGGAGACAGCAGGUUCCCAUGGUUUGGCUCCAGCCCGCUCUCAGCCAUGCCUCCCGCCAAGACAGAUCAGCUGGACUUGUGGGCGGAGUCAGGGCUGGAUGGAGACGUCCAGGUGAUGGUGGACUUCCUGUUGCCCACUGGAAUCUACAUCCAGAUGGAGGUUCCCCGAGAGAGCACCAUCCAACACAUCAAACUGCUGUUAUGGAAGGAGGCUCAGACAUACCCUCUCUUCUCAUUGCUGGGGGAGAUGGAGAGUCACAUGUUCGAGUGUGUGAACCAGGCAGCAGUUCACGAGGAGCUGGAGGACGAGACCAGGCGACUAUGCGACGUGCGACCGUUCCGGCCUGUCCUCAAACUGAUCACACGCAACUGUGGACGUGCAGAACGCCUACUAGACUCUAAGAUCGGAGUCCUCAUUGGCAAAGGUGACACUUAAUCACAUGUGUAAUGAGAGCUCUACUUUUAGAUAAUAUCCAUUAGAUUUGGAUUUUUCAGUGACCCUUUCUGCAGGUUAUAUUUCAGUCCCUCCAGAAAAACGCGAUUAUGCGAUCGCUGAAUUCAAUGCA